ACAAACUGGAUAAGACGGCCUAAAACCCCAUUUGCCCACCUUCCCCAUCCCGCUUGCCAUGGCCUCACUCCACCCCACGACGGCCAUGCUGCCCCAUCGCCAUUCCCCUGCUCCCUCUCUCAGCGCAUCGUCGCUCUCAUGGUCCGCCGCCAUCGCCGUCUCCCGCAUCCCGCCGGCCCGUGGCCUCGCGCUCCACCCAUCGGUUCCGCCUCCCGCCUCCGGCAACCGUCAGAGCCCGGUGGUGUGCGCGGCGUGGACGCGGCGGUCGCGCGGGGAGGCGGAGCAGCGGCCCAACCGCAAGUCGUGGAAGCAGCGCACGGACAUGUACAUGCGCCCCUUCCUGCUCAAUGUUUUUUUCUCCAAGCGCUUCGUGCACGCGAAGGUCAUGCACAGGGGAACCAGCAAGGUCAUAGCCGUCGCCACCACCAACGCCAAGGACCUCCGGCUCACCCUCCCGUCCCUUGUCGACGACAAUGCCUGCAGGACCAUCGGGAGGCUCAUCGCCGAGAGGUCAAUGGACGCCGACGUCUUUGCUCUGGCCUAUGAGCCCAAGAAGAACGAGAGGAUCGAGGGCAAGCUCGGGAUCGUGAUUGACACUAUUAAGGAGCACGGCAUCAUCUUCGUCUAGGCAAGUUUCAGGUUUGGGCGUUCUUUCAGAAAACAAGCAGCCCCAGAAGCCCUCAUGGAUUUGCUUCUCCGAUAUAAUGAAAAAUGAUGUUCUAUGAUUGACUGAAAUAGAUCAACGUUGAAAGAAGCAAUAUAAGAAACUGAAAUAUCUUCAAAGAAGAUUUGACAUGACAACUAAUCAGUGUGGAUGGUUACUCAAAAGGGAAGGGUAUGCUUACUCAAAAGGGUAGGCCUGGACGUGAUGAAGCUCUUAGCUGCUGACUACUUCUUGAUGCCCUUAUAUAUAUGUUCUAUAUGUAGAAGUUAUUUCUGAAAGAAUCACGAGAUCAGGUUGAAACUUUUAAAUGGUCUCCUCUUUUUCUGAUGGACUGUCAUCGGAUUUGCCAGCAGUAUACCUUCAUUGGAGUUAGCAACCUUCUGUUGACUUGGUAUGCUAUUAAGUCUGUUGGUGCAGAAUAGAGUUUCACCUACUCUGUAUGUGCUUUUAUGUUAUAUAUAGAAGAUGUCUCUUACCCUUAAAUCAUGCUCGUGAAAAGAGUACUGUGGUGGGGUUCCUAAACUAGUGAUAUCUUCAUGUGGCUUGGAAUGUGACACCGCACUGACUCGGAGAUUCUACGCAACCUUGGCAUGCUCAAGGUUAGUGAUUGGGCAAGGAUGCUACAAGUUUUACACAUACAAAACAAACCCAACAGUCUAGUGUUCUCGCUUGACUGAAAUAUAUUACUCAGACAAGGUUUCGAUGCAUGACUUAGUUUCAUAUUUAAGUGCCAUCAUUUUGAUUUUCUUACAUAAGUUCUUGUGCUAUGGCACAAUGCGUCUUUGUGUCUGGAAAGUUCAUUUGUCGUUUCUUAGCUGGUAAGUCAGUGUGGAACGGUGGAGCCUAUAUAUGAUCAUGCCCCUGUUUGUCACGGGGUUUGAUGGGGUUUCCAUUAUCAUAACAUAUGAUCUCGUGCCUACCUUUUUUGUAAUCAAUGAUCUUAUCUGAGGUCUGGGAUCUCCUGAUACCAUUAUUGAAGGGGACCAUGAAGUAAGCUAGUUGCUUCAGUCCUAGUGUUACUAAGAAAGAAAUUUUGGAUCUAUUGGCUCCCUGGUUUGAGCGCAAGUUGCCCCAUUUGAGUGUUUACAUAUCUUGAAGCCAUUUCUGGGAUUUUCUUCUUUGGAGACCCUUCCAAGUGUUUCUGGUGCAAAUGUUGUUUUUGCCCGCCUCCCUUGUUAUUUGUGUGUGGAGGAAAUCCUUGACUGCACUGUCUACUCUCUGCACUCUACAAUCUAGUUUGUCUGAUGUACCAUGUAAAUUUUUGACGCUGCUUACUUCGCAGUUACCAUCUACAACCAUCAGUUGUUUUAGUCUUCAGAUAUAUUUUUUUAAAGAAAAAUGAAAGGCAUUCAA